GAGUGUUUGAUUUCUUGUCAUUCUGCAGUGCUGUAAUCUUGUUUAUACUCUCUUACAUCCGUGCAAUUUCUUGUCAAUCGCCAUAGAUGUGUUAGACCAUGAUACAUUUUUUUUUUAUAGAUUCUCAUCCCCGCCCGCCUUGAUUUUUCCCCUAUUAUUGUAAAAUUUCUGAUUUUCUUCGUCUUGAUUCUGGUCGGGAUCGGUAUUCACCUCCCCAUUCAACUUUCAUUUUAAUACCCGCGUAUUCUCCUUGACAGCUGACAGGCUAGACAGCUACAUAUUACGCCAUAUUGGUUGAUGCUUCAGAGGAAGACGGUUCGUUUGGACGCCUGUUAAACGAUGAUCAUCUUCAUCCAAAUUGUAAGCCAAAAGUCAUUGAGAUAGAUGAGAAGCCAGUUAUUUGCUUUUACUCUCUAAAACCAAUACCUCCAGAUACAGAACUGUUGUAUGAUUAUGGGCCUGGUAACAUGUAUCCUUGGAGAAGAAAGAUGUCCAAAAGAAGUGCAAAAAAUACAAAUCCAUGGAAAGAGGAAGUAAGGGAUAUUGAUGCCAGUACUUGUGUUUCUUGUGUGGAUGAUGAGGAUCAGAGUGAGAAGGAAAUAGAUGACAGUCAAGACAAUCAGAAUUUCCAAACUGUGACUCCAGGGAAGAGGGAGGCAGUAUCUGAUAGCGGAUGCUCCAGAGAAAUGGAUGAGUCUUCAUCCAAGCGACAGAAGUUACAGAAAAAGUCAUGGACUUCAUCUGAAAUGAACUCCAUUCACAAACAUUUUUCACACUUUAUUACCAUUUUGAAGGUACCUGGGAAAAAUGAUGUAUAAUGAAUAAAUAAAAUAAAAUGAAUAACCCUAACCCUAACCCUAACCUUUCAAAAAGAACUUGGAGAAAUGUAAGAGACCAAGUCUACAAUCUAAUUAAAAAACAGAGAAAAUGUUGAUUUCGAUACUACUUUGAUUGUUCACUACAAUUGAUGGUAUCUGUAUGAAAAAUGAUAUUUUUGUUUACAGUUCUUACAAUUUACAUAAAUUGUAAAUAACAGAAUUUGUUGAAUCAUUAUCAAAAUAGAUUUUGACAAAUUUCAGCUUUUUAGUGAGCCUUUCUGAUCAAAAUUUGUCUGUUGUCUGUCGUUGUUGUGACCGGAAGGUCGGAUGUUCGAAUCCCUGCUGCGACUUGACCUGAGUCAAUAAGAAAUAGGUAGCAACUGUUCCAUGGCCAAGCGCUCAGCACAUUGAAAUAAAAGUUUCAGGUCUUUCAGAUGAGACCUUAAAAACUGAGGUUCCGUGUCAUGGCAGGUGUUGGCAUGAUAAAGAUCCCUCACUGCUCGAUGGCCCUAAGUUUCGAGUAAAGGUCUAAAUUUGAAGGCCUUCACUGGUAUAUGGUGAGGUCUCUAUAUGACUGAAAAAUCUCAAACGGGAUGUAAAACAACAUACAAUCAAUCUAUUAAUCAAUCAUUGUCAACUUUUUACAAUAUCAUCUUCUUCUCCAGAACCACUGGGCCAGUUUCAACCAAACUUGGCACAAAUUAGGAAUUCAAGUUUGUGCAUAUGAAGGGCCACACCGUCUUUCAAGGGAAAAUAAUUAAGAAAAAGUAAAAUUGGGUGUCAUUCAAAAAUCUUCUUCUCAAGAACCUUUGGGUCAGUAAAGAUGAAACUUAAAUGAAAGCUUUCUGACAAAGUGUAAAUUCAAUUUAUUCAAAUCAUGACCCCCGGGGUACUGGUGGAGCCAUUAUGGGCAAUCAAAGUUUUACAUAGGAAUACAUAGGAAAAAUCUUUAAAAUCUUCUUCUUAAGAACAGCAGAGUCAUAGUCAGUCACAUUUAUAUGGAAGCAUCGUCAGGUAGUGUAGAUUCAAGUUUGUUCAAAUCAUGAACCCUGGGAGUAUGGUGGGGCCAUUAUGAACAAUCAAUACCUAGGAAUACAAAGGAAAAAUCCUUAAAAUCUAUUUCUCAAGAACAGCAUAGCUAUGAUAAUUCAUUUUAUAUGGAGGUAUCCUCAGGUAGUGUAGAAUCAAGUUUGGUCCAAUUGUGGCCCUGAGGUAGGGUGGGACAACUAUGGGCGGUCAAAUUUUUACACAGGAAUACAUAGCAAAAUUCUUUAAAACUAUUUUCCCCAUGAAUAAAAAAGUAAUGAUUAGUCAUAUUUAUAUAGAAGCAUCCUAUGGUAAGCAUAGAUUCAAGAUUUCUCUAGUCAUGAAUCCCCCCCCCCACCCCACCCCCCACUACCUCCUGGGCUACAAUGGGUAAUCAAAUAAAAGUUUUUGAUAGGAAUGUGUAGGAAAAAAAUCUGAUUAAAAACAAGAAUGGUCAUAGUUACUCAGGUGAGCAUUGUGGCCCAUGGGCACAUUGUUAACAUUGUUUAAUCAAAAUGCAGAGAAUAUGUUAAUUUGCAUAUAACAGGUACAUGUAAUGUAUUUUCAAGAAAAAAUUUGUCUGGAGGUAUUUUGGAAAUUUACUUUUUAUAAUAUUGUAAUAAAUGUUUGUUUUCAUGCUAUGUUGAAGGUCAAGUAUCUAUGAACACAACUGACUUGAAUGAACAUCACAAGUAUUAGAUAAUGUAUUUACAACUGAAACUGUAAUAGAAUUUUAUCAAUUGAAUUUGUGAAAUCAAUUUGAUAAUAAAUUUUGAUUUUUUACCAAAUUUAAACAUUUUUUUGCUUAGUAGAUCAGACAACAUUUAAAUCAUAAGAUUUAAACAUGAUACCCAUAGGCCAUUUUACGUAAACUGUUUGUAUUGACUGAAUGGUUCAGUACUUUUUUGUCAGUCAAUAAUUUAAUACCUCAGUAUGUGAUCAGGUCCAGGAGAAUGGUGUCUGGUGUGAAUAAGGGACAUGCAGUCAAUUUGUAGCUCAUGGAUCUAAAGGAGGAAUAAAUAUUAUAUACG